AUGACUAGGAAGAAGGUUAACCUUGCAUACAUAACCAGUGACUCCAAGAGGAGGGGAACAUUCAAGAAAAGGAAAAAUGGAUUAAUCAAGAAGGUUGAUGAAAUAAGCACCCUUUGUGGAAUUGAAGCAUGUGCUGUAAUAUUUAGUCAAAACGAUCCUGAACCAGAGGUUUGGCCAUCACCAUGGGGAGUCCAAAGAGUGUUGUCAAGGUUUCAAAGAUUACCCGAAUUAGAACAAAGCAAAAAGAUGUUGAAUCAAGAGAGUUUCUUGAAGCAAAGAAUCCAAAAAGCCCAAGAACAAUUGAAGAAACAAAGGAAUGACAACAAAAGUAAAGAAAUGACACAACUCAUGUUUCAAUGCCUUAAUGCUGGCCAAAUUUUUGACAAUGUAACAAUGAAUGAUCUCAAUGAUCUCUCAUGGUUGAUUGAUCAGAAUUUGAAACAAAUCGAAAGGAACAUCGAAGGGAUUCAAACCGGAGAAGUUGUCCAAAAUGUAGGGGAAACUUUGAAUGUAGGAGAGCAAGCACAUAUUCAACAUGCUCAAGGGUUGGAGAACAAUGUUGAUGCAAUGCAAAGACAACAAUGGCCAAUGGACUUCCCCAGCAACAAUAUUGGUGAUCAAGUGUUGUCAUUUGAAGAUGUUAAUAAUGUCCCAAAUGGUGUUUUAUGGCCUUAA